AGAGAGAGAGAGAGAGAGAGAGAGAACAGAGAGAGAGAGAGAGAGAGAUGGAGAGAACAGAGAGAGAGAGAGAACUGUGGGGUGUCAGAGGAAGGAGGAGCUUCAAUAAAGGAAAAAUCAUCAUUUCAUUAACACUGCUGUCAAACUAGUAGCCGACAGACAAGCUGUUGUGUACCUGUGCUAGCUGGUAGUAUAGUAGUAACUUUAACUGUAUAGUAACUGUGGUAGUAUAGUAACUGUAAUAGUAAAGUAACUUUAACAGUAUAGUAACUGUGAUAGUAAAGUAACUUCAACAGUAUAGUAACUGUGGUAGUAAAGUAACUUUAACAGUAUAGUAACUGUGAUAGUAAAGUAACUUUAACAGUAUAGUAACUGUGGUAGUAAAGUAACUUUAACAGUAUAGUAACUGUGAUAGUAAAGUAACUUUAACAGUAUAGUAACUGUGGUAGUAAAGUAACUUUAACAGUAUAGUAACUGUGAUAGUAAAGUAACUAACAGUAUAGUAACUGUGGUAGUAAAGUAACGUUAACAGUAUAGUAACUGUGGUAGUAAAGUAACUAACAGUAUAGUAACUGUGGUAGUAAAGUAACGUUAACAGUAUAGUAACGGAGGAGUAACUGUCCAGAAUGAAGAUAAUCCAUCUUAUCUCUUGCUGUCUCCUCUCAGCUCUGUGUGUUGUGGAGUCAGCUGGCAUUAAUGUGACGGGGGUCGUAGGAAGACAAGUCAAAAUCAACUGUUCUUAUUCAUGGGCAGAGGACAAUGACAAAUAUUUCUGUAAGGAAAGCUGCUCCAAGAAUGAUAUUCUCAUUCAGAGCGAUGGUAAGCAAAAUUACAAAAACAAAGACAGAUUCUCCAUCCUGAACACAAUAAAUGGAGUUUUCACUGUGACCAUAACUAAACUGGAGAAGUCCGACUCUGGGAAAUACUGGUGUGGAGUGAACAGAUUAUUGAAGGACACCUAUACUGAAGUCCAUCUCAAAGUUACAGACGCUCCUCCCACUUCUACACCAUCACCUGUCACCUCCAGACCCCAUGUCUCCACAACCCUCCCAAACCUCUCUACAACCCUCCCAAACCUAUCUACAACAUCCUCUAACCUCUUCACAACGUUUCUGGCAUCUGGAGAUAUCAGUGGUCACUCUUCAUCAAGAGCAGGUCUGAUGGUGUGGACCAGUGCUGGUCUGGUAGUCAUGGUGACAGUGUUAGGUCUGGUCCUGCUCCUGUUCUACAGACAGAGGAGAGGAACCAGGAGAACACCACCACCACCAGUCUCCUCCAACACACAACCUGACCCUGCUGGAGAGGUUGACUGUGUGUAUGAGGAGAUCAGAGAGGCAGACAGACAGACAGACACACUCCCUUUGGUCAUUUCAUCAGUCUACUCUACUGUCAAUUCACCUACAACCUACUCUACUGGCCAAGCCUCUACAACCUACCCUGCUGACCAAGCCUCUACAACCUACCCUGCUGACCAAGCUAUCGGUGUCCCACACUGUGACAUCUAUGCUAACGCUAGCUGCCACAAAGAUGAUAUAAAUCCAAGUUAUUCUACUGCAGAUCACCCAGAUUCUCUCAUCUACUCCAGUGUGGAUCUACCUACAGAUUCUAGAGUCUCCUCAAGUCCUCCAACAGUCAGUGGAACCCAGGAUGAUUCCAUCUAUUCUACAGCUCAGCUACCCAAAGAUACUGUAGAAUCUACAAGAUACCCUGCUGUGCACCUCCCUAAAGACACUCCAAAAGAUGUCCUCUACUCUACAGCCCAGCUACCCAAAGAUACUGUAGAAUCUACAAGAGACCCUGCUGUGCACCUCUCUAAAGACACUCCAGAAGAUGCCCUCUACUCCACAGCCCAGCUACCCAAAGAUACUGUAGAAUCUACAAGAGACCCUGCUGUGCACCUCUCUAAAGAUACUCCAGAAGAUGCCCUCUACUCCACAGCCCAGCUACCCAAAGAUACUGUAGAAUCUAGAAGAUACCCUGCUGUGCACCUCUCUAAAGACACUCCAGAAGAUGCCCUCUACUCUACAGCCCAGCUACCCAAAAUAAUGUAGUACUAUAGAAUAUAUACAAGGAAUGUGUCCCAAAUGACACCCUAUUAUCUAUCCCCCAUAUGGACCCUGGACAAAGGCAGUGCUCUAUAGAGAACAAGGUGCCAUCUGGGAUGAAGAGAAGCUCCCUGUAGAGAGAUGAAGGGUUGUCACCACAGAGCCACCAUCUUGGAAUGACAUGAAAAAAACAAUCCCUUUCCUGUUUCAAAUCCUCCUUGACAGGUACUGUGACAGGAGUAGUGAAGGUACUGUAACAGGAGUAGUGAAAGUACUGUAACAGGAGUAGUGUAGGGUGUAGUGAAGGUACUGUAACAGGAGUAGUGUAGGGUGUAGUGAAGGUACUGUGACAGGAGUAGUGUAGGGUGUAGUGAAGGUACUGUAACAGGAGUAGUGAAAGUACUGUAAGAGGAGUAGUGUAGGGUGUAGUGAAGGUACUGUAACAGGAGUAGUGAAGGUACUGUGACAGGAGUAGUGUAGGGUGUAGUGAAGGUACUGUAACAGGAGUAGUGUAGGGUGUAGUGAAGGUACUGUAACAGGAGUAGUGAAGGUACUGUGACAGGAGUAGUGUAGGGUGUAGUGAAGGUACUGUAACAGGAGUAGUGUAGGGUGUAGUGAAGGUACUGUAACAGGAGUAGUGAAAGUACUGUAACAGGAGUAGUGUAGGGUGUAGUGAAGGUACUGUGACAGGAGUAGUAUAGGGUGUAGUGAAGGUACUGUAACAGGAGUAGUGUAGUGAAGGUACUGUAACAGGACUAGUGCAGGGUGUAGUGAAGGUACUGUAACAGGAGUAGUGUCGGGUGUAGUGAAGGUACUGUAACAGGAGUAGUGUCGGGUGUAGUGAAGGUACUUGUCACGGUAAUUUCAUAAUUCCUAUAUUUGUUCAUCAACCAAUUCAAUUAAAAUCACUCUGUCUGUUUCUAAGAAUUUGUAAGAUCCUUAUUUGCAUAAAACAGACAGAGAUCAGUCUAUCAAAAGUUAGUCAAUAGCAUUUAUUCUCGGAGCACGCUGCUCAUAGAACCCUGUGUGUGUGUGUGUGUGUGUGAGAGAGAGAGAGGGAAACAGAGAGAGAGUGUGUGUGUG